CCGCCGGGAGAGGCGAGCGCGAGGCGGAGAGCGCGGGUCGGCUGCAAACUCCCGGGCGGCAGCCGCGCCGACUCCGGGCCGCGGUGGGCGCUGCGCGCAGCCGGGAAGCCGGGAGCCGCGGCGCGCCCGGAGGACGUCCGGAGCGCAGGGUCGCGGCGCCCGGCGGAGCCCCAGCGGAGUCGAGCCAGGCGACCCGGCGGCGGCGGCAUGAGGGCGCCCCCGCGGCGCCCCGCGCUGCCCGCGGCCGUCUUGGCCGGCGGCUGGAGGCAGGAGCGCGCCUGAGCCCAUGGCGAGGGGACCCGCCGCCGCCGCCGCCACCGCCGCCAGCCCCCGGGCACCAUGCGAGCCGCCCCGAGCCUUGGCGGCUGCGCCUGCCUGCUGCUCGCCGCGAUCCUGGACCUGGCGCGCGGCUACCUGACUGUCAACAUUGAGCCUCUCCCACCAGUGGUGGCUGGUGAUGCUGUGACCUUGAAGUGUAACUUCAAGACGGAUGGUCGCAUGCGCGAGAUCGUGUGGUAUCGGGUGACGGAUGGCGGCACCAUCAAGCAGAAGAUCUUCACCUUCGACGCCAUGUUCUCCACCAACUACUCGCACAUGGAGAAUUACCGCAAGAGGGAGGACCUGGUGUACCAGUCCACUGUGAGGCUCCCCGAGGUCCGCAUCUCAGACAAUGGUCCCUACGAGUGUCAUGUGGGCAUCUACGACCGAGCUACCCGAGAGAAGGUGGUGCUGGCGUCAGGCAACAUCUUCCUCAACGUCAUGGCUCCUCCCACCUCUAUUGCAGUGGUGGCCGCUGACAUGCCAGCCCCCUUCAGCCGCUACCAAGCCCAGAACUUCACACUGGUCUGCAUCGUGUCUGGAGGGAAACCAGCACCAAUGGUUUAUUUCAAAAGAGAUGGGGACCCCAUUGACGCAGUGCCCCUGUCGGAGCCACCAGCUGCAAACAAUGGCCCCCUCCAGGACAGCAGGCCCUUCCGCAGCCUCCUGCACCGUGACCUGGAUGACACCAAGAUGCAGAGGUCACUGUCCCUACAGGACACAGAGAACCAGGGUGGGCGUCCCUACACAGAGCGCCCCUCCCGAGGCCUGACCCCAGAUCCCAGCACCCUUCUCCAGCCAACCACCGAGAACAUCCCAGAAACGGUGGUGAGCCGUGAGUUCCCCCGCUGGGUCCACAGUGCCGAGCCCGUCUACUUCCUGCGCCACAGCCGCAGCCCGGGCAGCGAUGGCACCGUGGAGGUGCGUGCCCUGCUCACCUGGACGCUCAACCCGCAGAUUGACAAUGAGGCCCUCUUCAGCUGUGAGGUCAAGCACCCAGCACUGUCGAUGCCCAUGCAGGCAGAGGUCACGCUGGUGGCCCCCAAAGGACCCCAAAUCGUGAUGACACCCAGCAGAGCCCGGGUCGGGGACACCGUGAGGAUUCUGGUCCACAGAUUUCAGAACGAAGUCUUCCCGGAGCCCAUGUUCACGUGGACGCGGGUCGGGAGCCGCCUCCUGGACGGCAGCACCGAGUUCGACGGGAAGGAGCUUGUGUUGGAGCGGGUUCCCGCCGAGCUCAACGGCUCCAUGUACCGCUGCACAGCCCAGAACCCCCUGGGCGCCACCGACACGCACACCCGGCUCAUUGUGUUCGAAAACCCAAAUAUUCCAAGAGGAACAGAGGACUCCAAUGGUUCCGCUUCUGGCCCUGCUGGUGUCUGGCUCACCUUGGUGCUCGCCCUAACAGUGAUCCUGGAGCUGACGUGAAGGCUGGGACCCCACGCCCACCACCCAGCACUGACGUCUCUGCGAUUGGUUUUCAUUUCUUUUCUAAACGAUUUCCAGUCCUGUUCUUAGUCUCUUUCUGUCUGUGUCUUGGCUUCUUCACUCGGUUUAAUUAAAACAGAACAAUUU